AUGGACAGAAAGUCAUCAGCUAGUACGAAUCUGAUGCCCGGAAAAUCUUGUGGUUUUCUAGACCUACAAGCACCAAUACAGGUCAAUGAACAACAAAACCGAUGUCAAGGUUUUAUGGUGUCGUCAAGUGCAAAGGUUCAAGAUGUUUUCCCCAUUCCAGAUAGGAAUAUGCUAAGAUUCGAUGCACCAAUGCCAUUAGUUGAUUGUCAUGGCAAGCCCGAGGUGAUAAAUAAUUCUUGCGAUGAGGACAAUUCUUAUUCGGUGGGACAACAUGCCGAUGAGCACAAUGAAGGUGUGAGAGAGAAAAAAGAGUUGCCUUGGCAGCGUGUGAAAUGGACUGAUCAAAUGGUGAAGCUCUUGAUUACUGCUGUUUCUUAUAUUGGAGAAGAUCCUGCCUCUGAUGCUGGUGAUGCUGGUGGAAAAAGGCAUUCGCCACUUUUACCAAAGAAAGGGAAGUGGAAAGCUAUCUCCAAGGUCAUGGCCGAGAAAGGCUAUCACAUAUCUCCUCAACAGUGUGAGGAUAAGUUCAACGAUCUGAACAAAAGGUAUAAGAAACUCAACGAUAUACUUGGGAGAGGCACCUCUUGCAAGGUUGUUGAAAACCCUACACUUUUGGAUUCGAUGGAUCUGUCUGACAAAGCGAAGAAUGUUGUUAAGAAGAUAUUGGGCUCAAAGCAGUUGUUUUACCAAGAAAUGUGUUCAUAUCACAACAGGAAUCGGAUGUACAUUCCUCACGAUCAGGCUAUUCAAAGAUCGUUACAGUUGGCUCUUAGAAGUAGUGACGAUCAAGAAUCUCAUGAGACCAGGGCCUACGUCAUGGACAGCAUUGACAAGGAGGAAGAAAAUGAUGCAAGUGAUGGUGUAAAUGAGGGUACACGAGAAAAACAUGCUUUGAGUAAGGAUCUUACAUUAAGGGUGCCUGCAAAGAGGAAGAAACCAGGGUACGAACACGAAGACAUGGACUCUAGUUACAUUAUGAACUUUCACUCUGCAGUGAAAACAUCUGGUCCUCAUGAUCAACCAAGUGUGAACCCAGUAUUUGGUGAGGGAAGUGAUGGAGAAUCGCUACAUGAUCAAUGGUUCAUGUCUCACGCACUUCAGUUAGAAGAGCAGAAAUUACAGAUUCAAGCGGAAAUGCUGGAGUUGGAGAAACAGCGUAUAAGCUGGCUGAGGUCUAGUGAGGUUGAAGACAGGGAGUUGGAGAAGAUGAGAAUGGAAAAUGAGUAUUUAAAGCUUGAGAAUGAGCAAUUGGCAUUUGCAAUCAAAUGCCGAGAAAUGGGUGCCAAUUGA